GGCUCGGCGGCCUGACUCCCGCCGCGCAGCCUCCCCCGCUUCCCCCCCGGCCGCUCGGGCCCUACCGUCUGUUGGGGGCGGCGGCCUGCCCGCCAUCACCCCCCGCUCCCAUCACCCGGCAGGCACCGGCAGCGCUCCGGCCGGCGGCCCUGCACCUCCUCGGCGGCCUCCCCGCCUCCAGCCACCCGCCGCGCCCGGGGCGGCCCACGGGGUCUGAGGUCGCCAUGACGCGUUUCCGUGGCGGCCGUUAACGGCCGUCGGCGGCGGGACUACAGGCCCCAGCGGGCCGCGCGCCGGCCAUGGCGGCGGUGGAGGCUGCGGGGCAGGCGCCCGACUAUGAGGCGGCGGAGCUGUACACCCGCGCCUUCCACCUCGGCACCCUCGGCCGCUGCUGGCGGCAGCAGCUGGGGCCGGCCGACCUCUCGCUGGCGGCGGAGGCGGCAGCGGCCGAGGCGGCGGAGGCGGCGGUAGCGGCGGAGCUGGGCUGCGCGGAGGAGACGGUGGCCGAGCUGCGGGCCGUUUGCAGCAUUGAUAUGUUAAUGUCUUCUGAUAAAGAAAAGGACCCAGAUGUUAUUCCUGAAGAUAGCAGUCUGCAAACUCUUCGAAUUAGAAAGAAGGCAUUAGACAGGAGAGAAGAAACAAUCCUUGUGGAUCGGGCUUGCAGACAAGAAACUCUCGCCUAUGAGAUGGAGUCCCAUGCAAUUGGAAAGAGGCCAGAAAAUCCAACAGAUCUAGUUGAGGAGGGAGAACUGCUUUUAACUCUGAACAUCUUCUAUCCUGUCAUAUUUCAGAAGCAUAAAGAUCACAAACCAUAUCAGACAGUCCUUGUACUGGGCAGCCAGAAGCUCACCGAGCUGAGAGACUCUAUUUCCUGCGUCAGUGACCUCCAGAUAGGUGGUGAGUUCAGCAGUCAGCCAGAUCAAGCACCAGAGCACAUCAGCAAGGAUCUCUACAAAUCUGCUUUCUUUUAUUUUGAAGGCAUCUUUUAUAAUGAUAAAAGAUACCCAGAGUGCAGAGAUCUGAGCAGAACAAUUAUUGAGUGGUCAGAAUCUCAUGACAGAGGCUAUGGAAAUCUUCAGUCUGUUAAAAUGGAGGACUACAGGUUUAAUGAUUUGUUCCUCAAAAUUGGCUUUCCAUACCUUUUCUGCCACCAAGGGGACUGUGAGCACAUCAUUAUCAUCACAGAUAUAAGGCUCAUUCAUCACGAUGACUGCCUGGACAGGAACCUCUAUCCCUUGCUAAUCAAGAAACACUGGUUAUGUACCAGAAAAUGCUUUGUGUGCAAAAUGUAUACAGCCAGGUGGGUAACCAACAAUGACAGUCUGGCACCAGAGGAUCCUUGUUUCUUCUGUGAUGUUUGUUUCCGGAUGCUCCAUUAUGAUGCAGAAGGCAAUAAACUGGGGGAGUUUCUUGCAUAUCCUUAUGUUGAUCCUGGGAUUUUCAACUGAAACUGACAUGAGGCAGAAUGAAUUCAAUGAACUAUGUUGGUGAACCUGUUGCUCUGUCUGCUACAACCACCAGACACCUUGAAUUUUGAGUGUACUACUGGGUUUUGGGUUACGCUUUUAAUCCUCUCCCCUGAGGUGGAAGGAUCCCUUGGAAAUUCUGCCAGCUUGUUUGAUGGCUCCUUAUGCUGAAUUCUAACAUGGCAAUUGGCAGGGGGGUUGUGUGGGUUGGUUUUUUUUUUUCCUUUCUUUAGCAGCAGAAGGGAGUGGCCAAAAUGUGAAUUUACUCUUUCAUUUAACUAUUUCUCCUUCCAUAUGCUAUCUUUCACCCAGCCCCUUACUUCUUUCCAGUAAAAAGUUAUGGUCAAAUAUA